AUGGAGCCACCUGGCCCGGCCAAGCGACUGUGUCCCUGGCGUCCGUGUCUGGUCGUGUUGCUCCUGCAGCUCCUUCUGUCGGUGUGUUUUUUCUCCUACGUGCGCGUGUCUCGAGGCGAUCUCACUGGUUUCCUGCCACUGGGGCCCAGUGCCGUGGAAUCUGCCCAGGCAGCUCCCAGCCGGUCCCCGGAACUCCCUCCCCAGACCACCCCGGCGACCCUCACCCGCCGCCCCCUGCAGAUCCUGCUGUGGACAUGGCCCUUCCACAUCCCCCUGACUCUGUCCCCCUGCUCCGAGUUGGUGCCCGGCCUGGCCGACUGCGACAUCACGGCCAACCGCAAGGUGUACCGACAGGCGGACGCGGUCAUUGUCCAUCACUGGGACGUCAUGUUCAACCCCAGGUCCCAGCUCCCGCCCUCCCCCAGGCCACCCGGGCAGCGCUGGGUCUGGUACAACAUGGAGCCGCCCUUGAACUCCCGGCAACUGCGAGCCAUGGACGGGCUCUUCAAUCUCACCAUGUCCUACCGCAGCGACUCGGACGUCUUCAUGCCCUACGGCUGGCUCGAACCCUGGUCGGGCCGCCCCGCCCACGCCCCGCUCAACCUCUCGGCCAAGACGGAGCUGGUGGCUUGGGCGGUGUCAAAUUGGAGGCCGAGCUCCGCCCGGGUGCGCUACUACGAGAAGCUGAAGGCCCAUCUCAAGGUGGAUGUGUUUGGGGCAUCCCACUUGCCGCUGCCCAGGGGCGUCAUGAUGGAGCGGCUGUCCCGGUACAAGUUCUACCUGGCCUUCGAGAACUCCCUGCACCCCGACUAUAUCACCGAGAAGCUGUGGCGGAACGCCAUGGAGGCCUGGGCCGUGCCCGUGGUGCUGGGCCCCAGCAGGGGCAACUACGAGCGCUUCGUGCCGCCCGACGCCUUCAUCCACGUGGACGACUUCCAGAGCCCCCAGGACCUGGCCAGGUACCUGCAGGAGCUGGACAGGGACCCCGAGCGCUACCUGAACUACUUCCGCUGGCGGGAGAGGCUGCGGCCUCGGUUCUUCAGCUGGAACCUGGCUUUCUGCAAGGCCUGCUGGAAACUGCAGCAGGAGUCCAGGUACCAGACGGUGCGCAGCGUAGAAGCCUGGUUCACCUGAGGGGCAGCCUGGGGCUGGGCUGCAGGGAUCCUCACCUGCCUGAGGCCUCACCU